AUGAGGCCACCGUGCCAGAGGGCUGGAUGUACGCAUCAUACUUGCACAUGUCGACUCUUUUGCACAAAACCAAACAGCCACAGCUGGAAGGUGUGCGUUGAGACGCAGGCCGGCCAAGCUGCAGUAGUUGUGGCUGUGGCUGUGAUUGUACCCCGGCAGUCAGCCAUCUGCCCGCUAGACCCGAAUAGGCGUGGCGGAGGUGGCUGGUGCCUCGACAAACAGGCAGUGACGGGGCCUGCAAGCCAUAGGGCGCAGCUGUCACGCCCGUCACGCCCGUCACCACCAUCCCCGACUGCUACACCACAACCACCACCACCAUCCAAAAACAGCAGUCGACGAGCCUCUGUCCAAACGGCUGCACCUGUCCUGCCCUGCUCGCCGCAACACGUUUCAGGAGACGGUGCAGCGGCUGUUGAUGCCCUCGCUGACCCCCUUUGCUCGCAGCAGCCACGCACAGCGACUAGGCCGCCAAUCACAGGGCUGCCUGGCUGCAACAUUUCACUUUCUCUAACGUCGGCCCAAAACACGUUUCUAGCUGCAGUUCCCAAGAAAUCACAGGCACAGUCGUCAUCUUCGCACCCAAGCAGACGUGCAGUCACCGCCCUCACUAGCGCGCCAUGGGCCCUGGUCGCUGCUGCUGCUAAUACCACCCCUGUCCGAUGGGCGCAGGCACCCCGGCUAGCUCAGGCUUCCAUCCACACCCAAGGCAUGCGUCUACUGCGAGCGAGGAUAGACAUAUAA